AUGAAACCAACUUAUAUUUCAAAGUUAUGGCUCUUGGGUUAUCGAAACUCAACUUACUCGACUUGCGUUAUAAGGAAUUCAAUAUUCGAGGUACCUCGAAAUACUUAUGUAACUAGUAGUAGAUUUAACUACCGUAAUAAAAUUUUAACUUCCGAAGAUCUCGACAAGGAUGAACUCUUUGAAAAUUUAACCAUUGGUAGUGGUGAAAAGAAAAAAAUUAAAACCAAAAAAGGAUCCAAGAAAGAUCGACCCGGUAAAACUAAUACAAUUUGGUCUAGAUUAGAAUUAAGAGUUUUAGAGAAUUUGGUUGAAAAGCAUGGACAAAAUUGGGAUAUGAUUUCAAAACAUAUGGUGGUUCGAACAGCUAGUGAUUGUCGUAAUACUUAUAUGGCUAUGGUCGCAAUGCUUCCUGAAGCUAAACGAAUAAAAAAAGAAAAGAUAUUAGAAAAAGAACCUGAAAAAGAUAUUUGGACUGAUGAAGAAAUAAAAUUAUUAGAUAAUUUACUUACAAAAUAUGGACGUAGAUGGGUGAAAAUUGAAAAAUAUUUUCCAACAAAAGAUAUAAGAACAAUUGAAAAUUUUGUUACCAAAAAUCCCGAAAAAUUUUCGGCCUUUUUUAAAUUUCCGGAUAGAUUAGGUAGAGCCAAAACAUGGUCCGAAAGUGAAAUAAAAAUGUUAAAUGAUUUAUUAGCAAAAUAUGGUAAAAAUUAUGAUUUAAUAGCAAAAUAUUUACAUGGUAGAUCAACCAUGGCAGUAAUUAGAGCUUUACCAAAACAUUAUUUAGAUUUACCAACUCUUAGAAAUAUUAAAUUUCAAAAAUGGUUUAAAUUUGCAAGUCGUUGGUCUGAUCGUGAAGUAAAUUUAUUAAAUAAUCUUGUUGCUCAUUUUGGUCCUGAUUGGAUUUCUGUAGCAGCGAAUCUUCCUGGUAGAACUCCAACUGCAUGUAAAUUAAAAUAUAAUGAUUGUUGGAAUUUUCAUAAUGAUAGAACGGAAUUAACAUUACAUAAGUGGCCUCAAGAAUUAAGUCAAGUUUUAGAUCUUAUUAUAGCUAAAUAUGGUAGAUGGCAAAUAUUACCUUUACUUUUACCUGGUAUAACACCAAUGUUUUGUCAAGCAAAUAAUUUAAGAAUUUUUCAUGAUAUUCCUCCAAGAUAUAGUGAAUGGAAAGAACAUGAUAAAAUACUUUUAAGGCAUCUUAUAAGAAAGUACGAUUAUAAUUUAGAUAAAGUUAAACCUUAUUUUCCACAUAAAACUCGAACAACUGAAUCAAGAAAGUUAUUGACCCUUGUAAAGGAAUUUGAUUCAAAUUGGUUUAAAAUUGCUGAAAAUUUACCAGGAAGAACACCUUCUUCAUGUUGGUUAAGAUUUGUUAUUUUAUCAAGGAUAAGUAAUCAUGUUGGAAAGAAUUGGGCAAUUAAAGAUAUUAUUUGUUUUAUUGAAUUAUUUCAAAAAUAUGGUCCAGAUUGGGAUUUCAUAGCACAACAUUUUCCUGAUAAAAAACCUAGCGAUGUACAACAAUUGGUAUAUCAUAAUUCUUUGAUUUCCACUAAUCUUAACAUUUUUCAACAUGAAAUGCGUCGAUGGAGUUCAGAAGAUGUGGCUAAAUUUAGAUGUCUUUACGAAGUACAUGGUCAAGAUUGGCAAACGAUUGCAGAUUAUUUACCUGGAAAAACUCGAGAAGAUUGUCUUGAAUAUUAUCAUUCUCAUAAAGAUUUAUUUGCUGAAACUAUAAAAGUUACUUCACAUCUUGAAUAUAAACGUAAGUUAAUUCAUUGGUCAAUAGCCGAAAGAAAAUUAUUAAAAGAUUUAAUAGAAAAAUAUGAUGAAGAUUUUGAUAGAAUAGCAAAAUUCUUUCCUGGAAGAACAUCUAUUUCCAUAAGAACCUAUUAUAGUCAAUAUCGAGAAGAACUUGGUUUAAAAGAUCAAAAUGAAAUAGAAAAAAAGUCUCCAUGGACAGGAAAUGAAGAAAAUAAAUUAAUUAAUCUCGUUAGACUUUAUCAAGGAGAAUGGAAACAAAUUUCUAAUUAUUUACCAAAUAGAUCUCCGGAAGCUUGUAAACAACAAAAAAAUGAAUGGCCAAAAAUUGGAGAAGCACUAGUAAUUUGGAUUGAUUUUACAAAUAGAAGCAAUAAUACAAUAUCAGGAACCAUUUUAACACAAAAGGCAAAAGAUUUUGCAAAAAAGUUAAAAAUUACAAAUUUCACUGCAUCUUUGGGAUGGCUAUCAAAUUUUAAAAAAGAAAUAAUAUUAAAGAAUAUUAUAAAGCAGGAAAAGCAGCAAGGGCCCCUGACUCUAUUGGAAAUUAGACCCAAUAAAUCACUUGCUACUGGACCUAUAACUGGAACUAAAAACCCAAAAGAUAGAGUAACAAUAAUGCUUACAUGUAAUGCAACUGGAACUCACAAAUUGUCACCUGUAAAUGUGACUUCAAAAUAUAAAAUUUUGCUUUUAAUUGAUAAUGCAUCAUCUUAUAAAUUAGAAGAAAAUGAAAUAUUAAGUUCAUUACCAAAAAUUACUUGCAAAGACAGAAUUGAUGCAAUUGAUAUAUAUAAUGAUUUUGAAGCAUGGGAUAAUGUAACUGAUGAUAUUAUUUAUCAAAGUUGGCAAAGAACAGGAUCAUUACAAUUGUUAAUUAAUCAAAUAGAUAAAUGCACAAAUAUUACAGCUAAAGAUUAUAUUAAUAUUGAUUCCAGUUUAGAAACAACAGGAAUUCUUGAUGUUAAUGAAAUUAUUUCAUGUAUUCUUGAAGCACCUGAAGUUGAAGAAGAAAUCAAUGAUGCCAUUCCACCAGUUUCAAAUAAAACAGCAUUCAAAAUAUCAAAAUUUAACAAAUCGGAUUCUCAGAAUAGUGGAGAAGGGAAACAAGAUGAAAGAGAUAAAGGCAGUGGAAGAGGUACAAUUUUCAAAGAUUCAUUCUCAAAAUUAAGAGAAGUGCUUGGAUCAUCGAGAAGAGAGAAUUCUAUAUUUGCUGCCAAACUUGUUCAAGGAGAUUCAUGA